AUGAGUACAACAAAGGUCCUCAUCACUCCUACCCUUACCACCAAUAUCUUCAGAGCAGCCAGCCGGGGUUUCACUAUCUCGACUGCUACCGCAGCAGGUCUGCGGGCUGGCUAUACUGCCCUCGGAUCGUUGAAUCCUGCCUCGCAUCGAAACUUCUCGGUGUCCCACAAGUCCCAGUUGGAGUUCUUUCCCCCUCCCAAGAACCUUCCCAAUAUCAAAUUGACUCCUGCAUCAUGGCCCCAUCCCGAGGCCAGAGAGGAACAACUCAAGAGCAUCGAGAUUGCUCAUCGUGAAUGCCGCACCCUUUCAGACAAGACGGCGUACAAUAUGGUUAGGUUUCUGAGAUGGGCUACAGACCUAGUCACGGGCUACCGCCAUGAUCCCAACAAGCCGUACGUGAUGAACGAGAGGAAAUGGCUGAUCCGAUUCAUCUUCCUCGAGACUGUCGCCGGUGUCCCGGGCAUGGUUGCAGGCAUGUUGAGACAUUUCCGCAGUCUACGAAGAAUGAAGAGAGAUAACGGUUGGAUCGAGACACUUCUCGAAGAUGCCUACAACGAGCGGAUGCAUCUCCUCACCUUUCUCAAGAUGGCCGAGCCAGGCUGGUUCAUGAAGCUGAUGAUCCUGGGUGCUCAGGGUGUCUUUUCCAAUGGUUUCUUCUUGGCCUACGUCGUUUCUCCAAAGACAUGCCACCGGUUUGUCGGGUACCUGGAAGAGGAAGCCACAAAGACUUACACCUAUGCCAUUGAAGACUUGGAGAGUGGCAAGCUCCCGGCCUGGCAGAAUCUGGAAGCCCCAGAGAUUGCCGUCAAGUACUGGAAUAUGCCAGAGGGGCAUAGGUCCAUGAAAGAUCUUCUGCUCUACAUCAGGGCGGACGAAGCCAAACACCGGGAGAUUCAUCAUACCCUAGGCAACCUCAACCAGGCCGAAGACCCAAACCCAUUCGUUUCCGAGUACAAAGAUCCUGCCAAACCGCAUCCGGGCAAAGGAUUUGACCAUAUCAAGCCCAAGGGCUGGGAGAGAGAGGAGGUCAUCUGA